CUAGUACUAAGGGCAGGAGCCCCUAAGGUUUUUUUUUUCCCACUGACCUGUCCGCCAUGACAGUGACCGAUUCGGAAAUCUGGUCCAUCGGCACCACGGAGCUGGAGAGAGAGAUAGAUCCUUCGACAUCACCGUUGCUUCGGGCUUCCUUCAUUUAUGCAGGUGUGGCGACAUUACUCAGCUGGCAAGUUCUGUUGACGUUUACACACAGUUUUGAUGAUGACGUGUUUCAUUCACAGCGCUUCGCUGGAGCUGGAUGGGCAUUUUGGUGCUCCAUCGUCUACUCUUUGGCUGUGAACAUCACUCAGCUGAUUUUGACAAGUCGAACAGUUGUUGCCUUCAUUCCAUUCGCACUUCGUUGGAAUGUAGCCUCGGGGUCAUUGUCAAUGUCCUUGGUUGGCUUGCUGCUAUGCCACAUGUACACAACACCACAAAACAUCAGCACAGGUUUCGGGAUGGCUGUGGCUUGCACCGGGUUGAUGGGUGCAGCUGCAGGAGUCUGGCAAGCUUGCGCCUUUGGUCUCGCAGGCUGCCUUUCACCCAAGUUUGCUCAAGACCUGAUGUUUGGUCAGGGAAUCGGCGGCGUGCUGAGUGGUGUCGUGGGAAUGGUCUGUGGCACUACACGGGUUGGACUCCUUGUGAGCUUCAUCUCGUCUGCAGUCUUCGAGCUGGGUGGCAUCCCUGUGCUUGUUGCAAUGCGAACUCACCCGACUGUCCAGCUGCGGAUGAAUAUUGCGAAACCACCCCCUGGAGAGCAAUCUAACUUGCGAGUCUCUGCAGUAUCGUCCCCAAUGCUUUCGAGAGCACGAUCGUCUCGUGAGAUCCUGGUGCAAAAUGCAUGGCCGCAGGCUUUGACGGUUGCUGCUGUCUUCACUAUAACCUUCACCAUUUUCCCAGGUGUGACGUCUCGAUUUGCUCCCGGAAGUCGUGUUUCCUUACUCAUUGCCGUUUUUCAAUUGAUGGAUGUGGUGGGCCGCUUUGCCCCGCAGUGGUCUGCACUUCGCAUCGAUAAUGGCUGGGUGGUGUCUUUGUUGGCUUUUGCACGAUUGCUUUUUGUUCCGCUGUUCAUUGCGAUGCAACGACUGAGCCAAGAAAGUUGGGCCCAGAAUGCUUUCAUACAGCUUGCGGCCAUGGCACUGAUGGCCUUUUCCAAUGGCUAUGUAUCGACGCUGUCCAUGAUGCUUGGGCCGGAGCAGGAGGGGGUCUCCCACCAGGAGAAGGAGCCGGUGGGUACGAUGAUGUCAUUGGCGCUGGUCUUUGGAAUCUUUCUUGGAUCGACCUGUGCCUUUUUCACCCAAUUGCCCUGAUUUCAAUGCUGUCUCACGUGCCACAGUCCUUCUCAGCCGUGCGCAAGGCCAAAGCCGCGCAGUCUUUUGAGGCGUCGUGGCACGAAGAAGAUUGAAAAGACUUUUCCAAGAACAUACGCUAGUAGUAACAAGAAGCUAGUAGGAACAAGUGCCACGGUAGUAGUAACAAGUGCCUUACUAGUAGUAACAAGAAGCUAGUAGUAACAUGCAGAGAGAGAGAGAGAGAGACCCUCCCGCACGC